GUCAGCCACAGUUAUACGUGUUGCUUUAAGUCCCAGUGGACAGAGUUUACUCUGACAAACACAAUCGUAAACUGUAGAGAACCUGCAGCAGCAAACGCGGACAGACAGCCGUUUUCCAGAGGAGUCACCCGACCGGAUACUGUAGACAAAAUAUUGUCAAAGGUUUCCAGUGUCAAACUCGACUGAAUGUUCAGGAGAGGAGAGGAGCUGAAUUAGGGAGGGACGAAAACCAAAGCUCCAGCUCUGUGCUGUGAGUGGACAAGAGUGAAAACCUCGUGAAGGAGAGAUAUUUCAGGGGUAUUCUGUGCCCUUCCUACCUGGAUAUCGUUUGAUUUUGUGAACGCGCUACAGAGAGCCACAGAGAUGGACGUGGCGGCCGAUCAGCACCGCUGGGUACAUCCCCACGCCGUGCUGAACGGACAACACCCAGACUCUCACCAUCCCGGCCUGGGGCACAACUACAUGGAGCCCACGGCGCAGCUUCUGCCUCCGGAUGAGGUGGAUGUUUUCUUUAAUCACCUGGACUCACAAGGAAACCCAUACUACCCCAACCCUGCCAGGGCCAGAGUGUCCUACAGCCAGGCGCACGCUCGUCUGACGGGGACUCAGGUCUGCCGGCCUCAUCUCCUUCACAGCCCGGGGAUUUCGUGGCUGGACGGGGGGAAACCUGCCCUCUCGGCUCACCACCACAACGCCUGGGCCGUGAGCCCCUUCAGUAAGCCCAGCCUGCACCACCCUGGCUCUCCGUCCCCCGGCGCUCUCUCCGCCGUUUACCCGUGCAGCAGCAGUUCAAACACGGUUUCAGCAUCCUCUUUAACGCCGCCGUCCCACUCCGGCACUCAUCUGUACACUUUCCCCCCUACGCCACCCAAAGACGUGUCGCCGGACCCAGGGGCUGCGUCUCCGUCGUCCACUACCAGAAUCGACGAGAAGGAAUCUAUCAAAUACCAAGUGUCGCUGCCAGAGGGCAUGAAGAUGGAGGGCUCCAGUCCGCUGAGAAGCAGCCUGGCCUCUAUGAACGCCCAGACCCCCACCACCCACCACCCCAUACCGACGUAUGCUCCCUACUCUUUCCCAGCGGCCCACGAGUACGGCAGCAGCCUGUUCCACCCGGGCAGCCUGCUGGGCUCAUCCAGCUUCACUCCCAAGAACAAAGGCAAGACAAGGUCCUGCACCGAGGGCCGUGAGUGUGUAAACUGUGGAGCUACCUCUACACCUCUGUGGAGACGUGACAGCACCGGACACUACCUGUGCAACGCCUGUGGGCUGUACCACAAGAUGAAUGGCCAGAACAGACCACUGAUCAAGCCUAAACGCAGGCUGUCUGCAGCCAGACGAGCAGGCACCUGUUGUGCUAACUGUCAGACGACCACCACCACACUCUGGAGGCGUAAUGCGCAUGGGGACCCGGUGUGCAAUGCCUGCGGCCUCUACUAUAAACUGCACAAUGUGAACCGGCCUCUGACCAUGAAGAAGGAAGGAAUACAGACACGCAACCGCAAAAUGUCCAACAAGUCCAAAAAGAGCAAGCGGCCCAGCGACAGCUACGAGGAGUUUUCAAAAAGCCUGCACGACAAGAGCGCUCACUUCAGCGCCGCCUCUCUCGGUCACAUGCCCAUGGGCCACUUGCCGCCUUUUAGCCACACUGGACACAUGCUGCCUACGCCCACCCCGAUACACCCGUCAUUCAGCCACCCACACCACUCUAACAUGGUAACGGCGAUGGGGUGAGAGGGUGAGGUGGUGUAGAGUUGCCUACAAGAAUCUGAGAUGGUUAUAUGAAGUGGGAUGAGGGUCUAAACUAGAGGACUGUGUGUACAGUGUUACAGGCACCCGGUUUGUGUGUCUUCAUCUCGACUGAUGAUGCCGGUGGAGGGUCGGAGAAAAGAUGUGCGAUGAGGGUCAAGGACCUUUUACUCCUUAUCUAUAGGUACCAAUUUUGAUGGAAAACGAAUCUGCUUCCUCUCAGUCAGGCACAGACAUGUAAACACAAAAAUGUCAUUGCACCUCAAACUUGUGCUCUCGCUGACGGCCUGGGUGCAGUUUAACGUGUGCGGAACAGGUUCGUAGUUACUGUGAAUAUUGUAAAUAUGUGCGACCAAAGGGGGGUGCCCCAGAAAGAGAGAUCCCCUUCGCAACUUUAAAAGAAUAUAUGCUGGAUUUUUUUCUCAUGGACGAUUUUAUGGGAAUUUUCACAAAAGAAACAAGCAAACAGAAAAAGUUUAUGAAUUCUAAUUUGACACUGUUUAUUAUAAUUAUUGUUAUUAUAAGUAAUAUUGUUAUUCAGAUAAUUUAUUUUCUUUCUCUUUUUUUGGACUAUAUUACCUGAAUCAUAAUACGGAUACUGUUAUCCCAGUUAUAAAUAUAUUUUUAGCUGAAGCGCUUUGUCUGAGCAGGUCAACAUUUAUACUCUUAAGAAAUAAAAAAAACCAUGUUCAUUA